UUAUGCUGCUUGUCUGGGAGGAAAACAAAGCUCAGAGACCAAAGAUGAAGUCAGAGAAGGAGGCUCCUUCGAAAGCCAAAAUAAUUUCCCAAAUCGUUCUGCUCGUGUCUCUCGUUCUCUUCAAUUCAGGUGAGGUGUUGGCCGUGAACAUGACGAUCCCCAACUCUCUGAUCAGAGGUUCAGUUGGAGGAGAGGCCGUUCUGUCCGUCUGCUACAGUAGUUUCAGCCUUGACCUCCCAGUAAUCAAGUGGCAGCUCAAGAGGGAAAAGUCUAUCACUGUCGUCCAGUCAAUCGGAACCGACAUUAUCGGAACCCUCAGACCUGAGUAUCGUGACCGCAUCCUUGUGUUUGAGAACGGGACUCUGCUUCUCCACAACCUCAGACUGUCUGAUGAUGGGAAAUAUGACGUGGAGAUCUCGAUCACUGAUGACACUUUCACAGGAGAAGGUGGCAUCACACUCUCUGUGGAUGAACCUAUAUCGAGGCCCUACAUCCACAUGGAGUCUUCAUCAGUGCUGGAGCUCAGUGAAAAUGUCAUCCUCAACUGCUCCCACGACAACGGAACCAGGACCACAUACAAGUGGUUCAAAGGCGGAAAGCCACAGACCAAUGAGACAAGGUUCAUCUUGUCACCUGACCAGAAGCUCUUGACCAUAAAACGGGUGUUGAUGUUAGAUGACGACAUCUAUAGCUGCACAGUGGAAAAUCCUGUGGGGAAUGGGACAAGUCUGCCCAUCAGACUGACUGUCUACAGAAGAAGUUCCCUUUAUAUCAUUCUUUCCACUGGUGGCAUCUUCCUGGUCAUCACCUUGUUAACAGUGUGUGCCUGCUGGACACCUUCCAAAAAGCGAAGACACCCACCUGGAAAGCCUCUCAGCUUGUAUGACCUCUCUAACCGCCCAAGAAUCAAAACCAGAGAUAUUGUGCUUCCAAAAUCGAAAGAGCAUAACGGAAAUGGAGUAAAUGCAGUAAACGCAGUAACGUCUCUUUACAUCCUGCAGCAAAAGGAUCCCUCCACGGAUGACUCAUCCAGCAACAGUAUUGGCUCUCCUGAACAUGACGAACCACCACGUUACACCAGUUACCUCAAGCCCACCAGUUCACUCAACAAGUACCCAGGCUCUCCCGACCGCUCCUCCCUCAAGUACACAUGAAGAUCACUUUCACCUCUUCAUGUCACAGCAACUGGGAGGUCGGACUGGCCUAUCAGAUACUUCUCCUGGCAGCAACUUCCUGCAAAUCCACCCCCCCCCCCCUAUGGAGAAUAUCUGAAAACCAUCAACUAGGGUUUUACAAUACCAUUCGUGCCUGAUGACUUUAAAUUAUAUUGUAACUUAAAGAGCGGUUGCUGGGUCAGAGGCACAGCCCACACAGGGGAAUGUGAAUGCGGUGUGAUAUGACUCAAGGUUUUAAAUAGCUUCAGAGACUUUGUUUGGGUUUACCACAUUAUACCAUCAUUUACCAGAUCUACAAAUUCCAAACUUUGGCAAACAGCAUGACGCCUUCAUGAAGCUAACACUGGGUUUGUUGUUUGCUAAGAUCAAAUUCAUAAGAACAAACCCUGAGAAAUACUGUUCUGUUAUCGUGUCGAGUGUGAUAUUCUCUUAAGUGUUCAGUGAAAUUCAGCAGUAGCCUUGUAAUUUUGUGUGAUCACUGUUUUAGUUUUACUAGAUGACUUAAUACCAUUGUGAGGACAGACAAGAGCACAUUAAAGGAGGUGACGUGGUUUUUAAAUUUUAUAUGAAUUGUAAUAAAACGUGAAAUUCUCCAAAUAAAGAGUGAUGAG